AUGUCGGCAACUGCUCCGCGGCCCGAUCCCUUUCGCCCCGCAAAGAGAGUAGCGGGGCAACGACAGGAUGUCUGGUCCAUUGUGAAUGAGGCUGCUGCCGCGUCGCCCGUCCAACCGAUCGUGAACAUGGGCCAAGGGUUUUUUGGCUACAACCCUCCACAGUUUGCGAUUGAUGCUGCAAAGGACGCGCUCGACCGAGUGGAAUGCAACCAGUACUCCCCCACCAAGGGUCGCCCUCGUCUCAAGAAGGCCAUUGCGGAUGCCUAUUCGCCUUUCUUCGGCAGGACUUUGAACCCCGAAACAGAGGUUUCGAUUACAACUGGAGCCAACGAGGGAAUGCUGAGCGCCUUCAUGGGCUUCAUUGAACCCGGCGACGAAGUUAUUGUCUUCGAGCCAUUCUUCGACCAGUAUAUUAGCAAUAUUGAGAUGCCCGGUGGUACGAUUCGCUACGUUCCGCUUCACCCUCCCAAGGACGGUGCCACCAGGACAUCUCCUGCUUCCGAGUGGACGAUCGAUUUUGAGGAGCUGGAAAGCACCAUCAAUUCCAAGACAAGGAUGAUUGUUCUCAACUCACCUCACAACCCUGUCGGCAAAGUGUUCUCGAAAGAGGAGCUCGAACGCAUUGGUGCCCUCUGUGUCAAGCACAACCUGAUUAUUCUGUCCGACGAAGUCUAUGAUCGUCUCUUCUAUGUUCCUUUCACCAGAAUUGCAACUCUUUCCCCCGAGCUGUAUGAGCGUACCCUCACGGUAGGUUCCGCCGGUAAAGCCUUCUAUGCCACUGGUUGGCGUGUCGGCUAUCUCAUCGGACCGGAGCAUUUGAUCAAGUAUGUGGCUGGCGCACACACCCGCAUCUGUUAUAGCAGUGUCUCUCCUCUCCAGGAGGCUGCUGCUGUUGCUUUCGAGCAGGCCGACAAGGUGGGAUUCUGGGAUGAGAGUCGAAAUGACAUGAAGCAGAAGAUGGAGCGCUUCUGUCAGAUCUUUGAUGAGUUGGGUAUUCCGUACUCGGAUCCCGAGGGUGGAUACUUCGUCCUGGCCAAUAUGUCUUCUGUCAAGCUCCCUGCAGACUACCCAUUCCCCCCUCAUGUCGCCAAUCGCCCUCGUGAUUUCAAGCUUUGCUGGUUCUUGAUCCACGAGGUUGGCGUUGCUGCGAUCCCACCCACAGAGUUCUACACCGAUGCCAACACGCACAUCGCUGAGGACUACCUCCGAUUUGCGGUAUGCAAGAACGACGAUGUUCUUGAGAGCGCAAAGGAAAGACUGCGUGGUCUUAAGAAGUAUAUCCAGUGA